ACCGGAGAUGCUCUCGUAUUCAUCUCCUCCCUUCUGUUUCUUAAACCUUUCCCUUCUCUCGGACUCUCUCCUCGCUUGCUCUUCCUUCCCUGGCGGCGACGACUGGGCGAGCGGCGGCGCCAUUUGUCCUGUCUUCGCCCAGCCCUUUGCCGGCGACGAGCGCACCCUCCAGGUUCAAAGAUGGCAGAGACGGUGUUCACUCCAUCUUUGGAAGGGAUGAAGCAUGUCAAGCUAGAAAAUGGAGUCAUUCUCACCAAGCCUUUCCUUGAAGUCUGCAAGCAAAUCUUGCCUGUCCUGGAUAAAUUUGGAGCUGCUAUGGCAAUCGUAAAGAGUGACAUUGGUGGCAACAUCACAAGACUGGAAAACAAGUAUUCUUCAGACCCAUCAAAAUAUGAGCACUUGUACAGCAUGGUUCAGGAAGAAGUUCAAAACAAGACUGCAAAAGGUUCCUCGAGCUGCACAAAUGGGCUUCUAUGGCUCACGAGGGCCAUGGAUUUCCUUGUUGAGUUGUUCCGUAACCUGCUUGAGCAUCCAGACUGGACUAUGAGUCAAGCUUGCACUGAUUCAUACACCAAAACUCUGAAGAAAUUUCAUGGCUGGCUUGCCAGUUCUAGCUUUACGGUGGCCAUGAAGCUUGCUCCUAACAGAGAUAAAUUUAUGGAGGUCAUUAGUGGAACGGGUGACAUCAAUGCAGAUAUUGAGAAAUUUUGCACAACCUUUUCACCAUUUCUCAAAGAAAAUCACGAGUUUCUGGCAAGCGUUGGUCUUGAUGAUAUGAAGGCUUCGUAGAGCAAUCUCCGCAGCAAUUACAACAAAAUAAACAUGUCCUCUGAAAAGUGUUGCCGAGGAUACAGUGUUUUCCAUGGUUACCUUCCCCUCCCGAAAGGGGAAAAAAACAUACAGGGUAAUAACAAGUUUGUCACCAUGAUUGACAAUGGAUGCUUACACAGUGAAUCGACAGAACUAAAAAAAAACUUGUCUUUGGAACUCGUUCCCCUGUUACAGGAAGUUUGCAUAUGAUGAUGUGGAACUCUUGUACUCUCAAAAAUUCUUAGCCUGGGCUGAAAUGCUACAAGAAUCUUGCAACAAUCUCAUAGGCAGAUUCCCGUACCAA